CGCCCCGCCCCGCCCCGCCGGGCGGGCCCGGGAGCGCCGCCCUCCCCUCACAGCGCCGCGGGGACGGCGGGAAGGCAGGGCCGGGCCAGCUGCCGCCGGGAUGGAGGCGGAGGCCGCGGAGGGCGAGCAGGCCGGGCCCGCGGCGGGCGAGAAGCGGGGCUCCGCCGAGCCCCCGGCGGCCGCCGCCGCCGCCAGCGGCCAUUACGAGCUGCCGUGGGUAGAAAAAUACAGGCCCAUGAAGCUAUGUGAAAUAGUUGGCAAUGAAGACACUGUGAGCAGGCUGGAGGUCUUUGCAAAAGAGGGGAAUGUACCAAAUAUUAUAAUUGCUGGUCCUCCAGGAACAGGCAAAACCACCAGUAUCCUCUGCUUGGCUCGUGCUCUGCUUGGUCCUGCAUUAAAGGAUGCUGUUCUGGAGCUGAAUGCCUCAAAUGACAGAGGCAUCGAUGUUGUGAGAAACAAAAUCAAAAUGUUUGCCCAGCAGAAGGUCACACUUCCAAAAGGUCGGCAUAAAAUUAUCAUCCUUGAUGAAGCAGACAGCAUGACAGAUGGAGCACAGCAAGCAUUGAGAAGAACAAUGGAAGUUUAUUCCAAAACAACGCGCUUUGCACUUGCAUGUAAUGCCUCUGAUAAAAUCAUAGAACCUAUUCAAUCUCGGUGUGCAGUCCUACGUUACACCAAGCUGACAGAUUCACAAAUCCUUGCAAGGCUACUGAAAAUUGUUGAGAAGGAGGAUGUACCAUAUACAGAUGAUGGACUGGAAGCCAUUAUUUUCACAGCCCAAGGAGAUAUGAGACAGGCAUUAAACAACUUACAGUCCACACAUUCUGGAUUUGGCUUUAUAAACAGUGAAAAUGUUUUUAAGGUGUGUGAUGAGCCUCAUCCUCUGCUUGUGAAAGAAAUGAUACAACACUGCAUCAAUGCAAAUAUUGAUGAAGCAUACAAGAUUCUUGCCCACCUGUGGCGACUUGGAUACUCUCCAGAAGAUGUGAUUGGCAAUAUCUUCCGUGUGUGUAAAACCUUUCAAAUGCCAGAAUAUCUGAAAUUGGAAUUUAUCAAGGUUCCACUUUUGUUGGAAACGGCUUCUGAAGGGGAGUGUAGGAACUACAACAGAACCAUAAUCCUUAUGUUUUAAUACCACCUUGCAUGACUCAGCCUGAAAAAUUAAGUAGUUGACCACAUUAUUGCUCAGCAAUUUGGAGAUUCAUUUCAUGCUUGACAGGAGAAAACUUUGCACAGACUAGCCAUCCUCCGUCAAGUGGAUGUGCAGGGAAAUGAAGGAGGAUAACGAGCUCUUGGCUUAGCCCUGGAAACUGCUGCACUGAUCAGCCAGGAUUCACUGCCGUGCAGAGUGCUUUCUCCAGCUCCGUGUUUGCAGUUGGAGUUUUGUGGUACUUCAAGCAGAGCAUUCCUCCCCUUCAGCUGCAUCCCUUCUAAAUAAUCUUGGGCAUGAUCUGGAGAAAAGAUUGCACUGCAGUUUCGAAGGCUCUCCUUUAUACACAUGUUCGCUGGGGAUGCUCUUACAGCUUGGCAGAAGACUUCUUUAGAUUUUACGUGAUGUACUUGAAGUAAGAGGAAAAAAAACAAAGUGAGUCUGCUGACUUUUAAUGCCCACUUUCACCUUAACUCUGCUGCCUGUUACAUUGUCUUUCCAGUGGUUGGUAGUGAGGUACAUUUCUGAAGCACUAUAAAAUUUUAAAACCUAA